CACUGCUUCUUUCCUUCCGGGUUAAUGGUGGCAUUCUCGUUGCUUGUUUCUUGUUAGUCUGCGGUCACCACGUGAAUUCCCCGGUUAAUUCUAAGGGAAUCAUGCCUGAAAACAUGGAGGUGGACCAAGAGAAGAAGGAGAAGAAGAAGAGGAGGAAAGUUGGAAGACUGUAUGCAAGAGCAGUGUUUACAGGUUUCAAAAGAGGCCUUAGAAACCAACGUGAGAACACUGCCCUUCUAAGUGUUGAGGGUGUUCGAUCCAUGGAUGAUGCCAAGUGGUAUGUGGGGAAGAAGGCUGCCUAUGUAUACAAGUGCAAGAGGAAGACUGGAGUGCCAGGGAAGCCAGGGAUGAAGACACGCCUACGAGCCAUCUGGGGGAAAGUGACUCGCAUCCAUGGCACAAGAGGAGCUGUGAGAGCCAAAUUUGGAAAGAACCUCCCUCCCAAUGCUAUGGGCAGGCGUAUCCGCAUUGUAAGACUUUCCUCUCUCUUGACACAAAACAUGCAUCUGUAG